CUGUCUCUGGCUAACCCUUCAGACAUGAGGCUGAUUUUGUUCUUCAGCGCCCUCACUGGGGCUGCCUGGUGCCUAGAAACAUUUGCUGGCGACCAGGUUCUUAGGGUGAAGGCAAACAGUGAAGAAGAGAUUAACAAACUACAGCUGUUAGAAACACUGGAGCAUCUUCAGCUUGAUUUCUGGCUACGCCCCUCAAACCCAGCACUUCCUGUGGAUAUUCGAGUCCCCUUUCCCAGUCUCCAAGCAGUCAAAGUCUUCCUGGAGUCCCACCACAUCGAGUACUCUAUUCUGCUGAAAGACCUGCAGGUCAUAAUAGAGGAAGAAAAGCAAGAGAUGGUCAACAAUCAACAAAGGGAACGUGGCACCAGUAGUUUCAACUAUGGAGCUUAUCACCCCUUAGAAUCUAUUUAUGCAGCACUGGAUGAUCUUGCAGCUGAGUACCCCAGCCUUCUGAGCAAGCAAAAGAUUGGAGAGUCUUAUGAAAACCGGCCCAUGUACAUUCUCAAGUUCAGCACUGGAGGAACCAACCGUCCUGCCAUUUGGCUCGAUGCCGGUAUCCACUCCCGAGAAUGGAUCACCCAGGCAACUGCACUGUGGACAGCUAAAAAAAUUGCGUCUGAGUAUGGGAACAAUAUAUCUGUCACCUCCCUGUUAAACAGAAUGGACAUUUUCCUGCUGGUUGUCACAAACCCUGAUGGAUAUGCAUUCACUCAUACCAAUAAUCGUAUGUGGCGGAAGACACGUUCUAAGAAUUCUGGGAGCCUGUGCUUUGGAGUUGAUCCAAACAGGAACUGGGAUGCAGGCUUUGGAGGCCCUGGAGCCAGUACCAACCCCUGCUCUGAUUCUUACCGUGGACCCAGCGCCAACUCAGAAGUGGAAGUAAAAAAUGUCGUAAACUUUAUCAAGAGGCAUGGGAAGAUCAAGGCCUUCCUCACCCUUCACAGCUACUCUCAGCUUCUGUUGUUCCCCUUUGGGUAUAAGUGCACCAACCCUGCUGACUACAAAGAGCUGAACACCGUGGGGAAAGCUGCUGCCAGUGCUCUGACUUCACUGUAUGGCACGACAUACAAAGUGGGGCCCAUUUGCUCAACUAUCUACCAAGCCAGUGGAGGAAGCAUUGACUGGUCUUAUGAUUAUGGCAUCAAAUACUCCUUUGCCUUUGAGUUGCGAGACACAGGCCGCUACGGCUUCCUUCUGCCAGCCAGUCAAAUCAUCCCUACUGCAGAAGAGACCUGGCUCGGUCUGCUGAAGAUCAUGGAGCAUGUGCGAGACAAUCACUAACAGAAGUCAGGAGGCAAAUCAACAGUACAAAGAGGACGAAGCCAACAGUCAUUUAGAAAACAAACCCCCAAUCUGAUUCCUUUGUACUAAUGUAGUAGUAUAUUUAGCCGAUGAAAAGCCCUGUGUAUGUUCAAACUACUUAGCGAUGCGUCUGUCUGUAAAGAUUCCUUGCUGU